AUGAGUGAUGAUGUUAGUGUGAAUGGUUCUUCAUGUUUAGCAUUAUCAGAGAAGAAGAACAACAAUGAAAAACAAAGUGGUGGUUGUGUUGGCAUUUUCUUUCAAUUAUUUGAUUGGAAUAGAAGAUUCACCAAAAAGAGAUUUUUCUCCAAGAAACUUCUUCCUUCUGCUAGUGCAAAACAAGAUUCUAUGAACAAGUUUAAAGACGAGAAAAUGCCGAAUUCCAAGCUUCAUUCGAUUGCUAAUGGGAACAAUGGAGGUUUCUUGAAUGCCAUGGAAGGAGGAAAUUGUGUUAUCGACGUAGAACGAAAGCAUGAAAUGAAAGCUCCGAGUAUUGUAGCUAGGUUGAUGGGUCUAGAAUCAAUUCCAGCUUCAAAGAGAGAUCAUAAGUCCAAAAAAUCUUCAUUUUUUGAUAGUGAUGAUGGUGGAGAGUCUUUGGAAAUCGAAGUUGCGAAUGCAAGUCAUGAUUCAAGACCUCAGAAGGUAAGGAAAACGGAAGUGAACGAAAGACGAGCAAUGACUAGGUUUGGUGCCGAGGCAUUGCAAAUCAAGAAUGUUUUGUCACAAGUGAGAAAGUCUAAUCAUCAUCAUGAUAACCAUCGUGCUAAAUUUGUUUCGCCUUUGAAGAGUCCGAGAGUUUCUUUGGGAAAGAGUGCAUCUCGAAGCUCAAGAUUGAUAGAAGUAGCUACUAAGAUCUUGGAACCUGGCUUGCAGUCUACAAGCAGAUCCAAAUAUUCUCUCACAUCUUCCAAUUCUAAGUGUCCUAAUAGGAACGACAUUGUCACCGAUAUGGUUGGAACUCGUCCGAAAGAUAUGCACAACCAAUCGUGUUAUAAUGGCGGCAUAGACAAGUCAUCGGUGGAGCGUACUUGCAAAAACUGCGGGGAUUUGCUUGACAUUGAGAUCAGCUCACCUAUUGUUUCAGAUGUUUUCACCGGCUUCUCUUCUGAAUCAGCGCAAAAAGGAAGAUCAUUCAAUCCUUCUCACGAAAGCGAUGUAGUUCUUCUCAGAAGUCAAGAGAAGAUCAUAACUCUUGUUGAUGAAGAUGUUAAAAAGAAUGCUAAUUCUUGUAAUGAAACUACUUCGAGAAGAAUCCACGUUCAUGCAAAAUGUGAUUCAUCACGUCAACCGCCUGGAGGCUUAGAGGAUAACGACUACACAUCUUCUUUUAACUUCGAAUGCAAAACUCAAACACGAGAACGGAUGUUAAGCGGUGAAAGAAUGGCUUUUAGAUUUGAAGCUAAAAAUUGUAAAAUGCAGGUGAAGAAAGCUUCAUCAGCUGCAACUGCAAGCACUGUGAGUGGGAAUAAAGACAUCUUUGGUUUGAAUCGAAGCCUAAGUGGUCGAACUCGGAUGAGGUCUCCUACGAAGUUGGAUAGUUGCAAAUUUGAUCUUGAGAGGAAAAAAAGGACCUCAAAUGUCUCACAAGUUAAAGGUAUAGCUUCUGUCGAUUUGGUUACAUCGAAACAUAGAAAUGUUGGUUCAAAUGCACGAGGAAAAAGGAGAAACUUCGAAGCUUUCUCUCCAAACAAUUCUAAUGUCAAAUGUAGAAAAAGUGGUUAUCAAAAAACCGAUAAAACUAACGACAAUAAGAUCAAUAAGGUAGAGACAAGUGCUGAUGAGAUUAAGACUUGUUUCCAAAGACAUCAUUCACCCUUGAGAGAAGAUGUUUUAGGCGCUUUUCUUGAACAGAAGUUGAAAGAAUUGAAAUUUGGAGAAAACGAGGAGUCGGCUAAUGGUGAUCAACCUAGAAGAUCAACCGCGUUGAUUCUUCAAGAAUUGAUAUCUGUUCUGAAUGCAGGCUCAGGGUAUGGUUUUCACACCGGCUCUAUAAAUUGUUCAUACGAUCAACCAGAACGGUUUGAACAUGACGUUAAACUUUUAGAUUCCGCAACAUUAUUUAACACAGGGAAGAUAGGUUGUAAGAUACUGACAGAACUCGUUAACCGAAUUUAUUCAAUAUUGCAAAGUUUAAAUUCUUUUUGGCCAAGAUUGACAAAAAACAAGCUCAAUCAUAUGAAGGAAGUUAUCUUCAUGGCUGAAUUGGUUCUUGGAAAUGUCACUAGGCAAAGUGAGGACCUGCCACAGCUUCUCAUUUCUUGCAUUCUUGUUGAUGAACUCGACAACAUGGCAAGCGAUGCUAUGCGGAGAAAUUUCAACCGACGCCAACUUAAGGGACUUCUAUUUGACUGUGUAAUUGAAUAUCUAGAAUCAAAUUGCUGCCAUAAUUAUUACAAUGUAUUUAAGUCAUUGUGUGCAUGGACUAAGGCUCCUCAAUGCAUGAAAGGUGAGAUUUUGGUUGAAGAGGUUAAGAGUGAGAUUAAGAAGUGGGAGCGUAUAGCUGGAAUGGAACCGGACAAAAUAAUUGAUUGGGAGAUGAGUUACUCAUUGGGAAAAUGGACUGAUUUCAAUGUCGAAGCUUCCGAGUUUGGUGUUGAUAUUGAGGAUUAUGUGCUUCAAAUUUUGGUUGAUGAAAUUGUUGAAGACGUUGUAGGUUGGUUUUAG